AUGUCCGUCAUGGUCACCGGCGGUACCGGCUUUAUCGGCAACCGCAUCAUUCGCAAGCUGCUGGAGCGCGGUGAGGAGGUGGUCUGUUUCGACCUGGCCCCCCCGCGUGGCAAUCUCACGCAAUACCUCGAUCGCAUCAAGCUGUACCGCGGCGACGUCACGCAGCUUCCACAACUGAUGGAGGCCAUCAACGCCAACGGGGUCAACAUCGGUGGCACCAACAACGUCUUUGAGGCUGCCCGCUGGUGCGGUAUCGAGCGCGUCGUCUACGCCAGUUCCAUCGCGGUCUAUGGGGUGCAGGAUACCUUCGGCGAGCGCCCCAUCAACGAGGAUGACGUCAAUGACCCCAUCAACGUCUAUGGCAUGACCAAGUCGGUCAACGACUUCUCCGCCCGCCGCUACACCGACCUCUAUGGCUUGGACCUGCGUGGUAUCCGGAUCUGCACCGUGUUCGGACACGGCCGGGUUACCGGCAUGACCGGCAUGAUCGGCGGCCUGAUGAUGUCGCUGCCGGCCAUCGGCCAGCCAAUCACCAUGCCCUUCCACGAGGACGAGCCGUCGCCCAUGAUCCACGCCGAGGACGCCGCCGAAAUCUUCGUCCGGGCUGCCUUGGCCGGAGCGCUGAACCACCGUACCUACAUCAGCGGCGGCAGCCUGGCCACCAUCAAGGACAUGGCCGACGCCGUGCGCAGUUUCAUCCCCGACGCCCAGAUAACCACCGGCGACCGCACCGUGCCCCACGUCUACAUGGUCGACAACAGCCGGAUGCUGGCCGAUAUCGGCUACGAGAUUGCUCCGCUGCGCCAGCGCAUCCUUGACCACAUCAACGACGCCCGCGCCGAAGCCGGCAUGCAGCCUAUUCAGGGCUGA